GCACAGUUUUUGGUCAUGGAGACUUGGGGGGGCCCUGGCAUAUUUCUUCUGCUAUGUGCUGCUUGCCUCUUCUUCCUCUCAGCCCGGAGGAAGGUGCUUGGCCACCAGCGGCUCCCUCCAGGCCCCCAGCCCUUGCCCUGGGUGGGGAACAUCCUGCAGCUAGACACCAAGGACUUCCCCAGAUCUUUGGAGAAGCUCAGCCAGAGGUACGGGCCCAUCUUCACCAUCCACCUGGGCUCUCAACGGGUCGUGGUGCUCUAUGGGCAUGAAGUGGCACAGGAGGCCUUGCUGGCCAAGGGAGACUCCUUUGGGGCCAGAGGAAGUAACCCCAUUCUGGCUAAAACAGCCAGUGGAACAGGAAUUGGCUUCAGCAACGGGGAGACGUGGAGGCAGCUGCGGCAGUUUGCUGUUGCCACCUUGGGCAGCUUGGAGGUGGGGAAAAGGAGCUUUGAGGAGAGGAUCCAGGAGGAGGCUACUUUCCUGGUGGAGAGACUCAGAAACACAAAUGGAAGGCCCUUCGACCCAUCUUGCUUCCUCAGCCAGGCAACUGCCAACAUCCUCUGCUCAGUUUCCUUUGGGAGUCGUUUUGACUAUGAAGACGAGGAGUUCCUGGGAUUCAUCCGCCUGGUUCAAGAAAAUGCCCUUCUCCAGUCCAGCCCAAUGACAAAGCUCUACAAUAUUUUCCCGACAAUCCUGGAAUACUUACCUGGAUCUCACAAGAAGAUAUUUAAAAAUACAGAAGAGUUAAAGCGUUUCAUCUCAAAGCAGGUGAAAAGACACCAGGAGAUGAUGAAGCCCAGCCAGCCUCAGGACUUCAUUGAAGCCUUUCUCAUCAAGAUGGAGCAGGAGAAACAGAACAGCCGGUCAGUGUUUGAUCUUCAAGGUUUGGUGAGGAGCAUCUUAGACCUUUUCAUUGGAGGAGCAGAAUCCACCAGCCUCACCCUGAGUUACGCCCUCCUGACUCUCAUGAAGCACCCAGAGGUCAAAGAGAAAGUUUAUCAAGAAAUUGAUACUGUGAUUGGCUCAUCAAAAAGUCCUUGCAUGUCGGAUCUGGGAAAGAUGCCCUACACAGAUGCUGUGAUCCAUGAGAUCCAUCGAACCCUGGCGCUUGUGCCACUGAAUCUGCCACAUGCAACCACAAAGGACACUCUCUUCAGGCAAUACUUCAUCCCCAAGGGCACCACAGUCUUCCCUGCUCUGAAGCCUUCACUGCAUGAUAGCAGAGAAUUCCCCAACCCGCUGCAGUUUGAUCCUGGGCAUUUCCUGGAUAAUAAUGGAGGCCUGAAGGAGAGCAAAUUCUUCAUCCCACUUUCCGUAGGUCAGCGGGCGUGUAUUGGCAAGAAGCUGGUGGACAUGACCAUCUUUGUGGCACUGACAUCCAUCCUGCAACACUUUGACCUGGUCCCUCUUGUGGCUCCUGAGGACCUUGAUGCCUCGCCAGCAGCAGCAUUCCUGACAAUGGCCCCCAAACCCUAUCAGCUCCAUGUUGCCCCUCGCUGAAGGGUGGGAGGGUGGCCACCCACACGGCUGCCACAGUCAUAGCUCAGUGGCAUGUUCUGUUUUUAUUGUAACCUGCCUCUUGGAAGGGUUCUUGAAAGCGGGGAGGGGGGUGAAUUGUUGGAGAUUGGUAAAUA